AGAACUAGUACUCCUAGAUCGAGUCUGUCUCUCUAUAUAUGUAUAUGCACCUAUGCCUGAUGAUUUACAUUUGAGUUUCCGAGUGUGCUAGCUAAACCAACACUGAAAAAAGAAAGAGAAAAAAAAACAAUGAAUGCCAUGGUAUUGAGCAAGAGAAAGUCUCCUCUGGCAAUUCUAAAUGUGAGUCAUGGAUCGUUACAGAGGAAAAAUCAGAGGAGAAGAGCGGAGAAACUGAAUGCCCGAAUGAGACAGUUACGAGCAGAGAUGGAAAAGAUCAGCGAAGAACAAAGAGAGAUCAAAGAGGGCCAAAGGCUGGUCAAACGAAAAUUUGAGGCUAUCGAACUGGAAUGCGAUCAGCUUCGAAAUGAGACUAACCUGAUCAUACAACAAAGUGCCAACACCCAACUCCGCCUUGCCCUCAUGUUUCGUAUCCUCAGGGCAAGGGAAGACCAAGACUUCAACACAGCAGCACAGCUCACUCAGGCAUUGCGUGAACUCGUAGCAAUGCAAAAUCAGAAGAUGGAAGGUUCGAUGGAAAAUUUGCCAGGCAAGUAACAAUAAAAUAAGGGUUCCCAUUAGAACAUUUAGUUUAUUAGUUGAUGCAUAAUCUCGUGUCUUCGAAUCCCCCUUCCCUAAAUUAAAAAAAAAAAAAAAGAGUUUAUAUUUGAUGCAUGGAGAAUGUGCUCUAUACAUGUAAUAAGGAAUUACAUGUUGCCAUACCAUUAAUGCCGUGAAAAAUUUAGCAAAGUCUUUAAAAGUAAGUGAACAUAUUCAAGUGUUUAAUCAAUUAAAAAAAGUUACUAAGUAUGUAUUAAUCUUUUGUUUAACCUCUUCUGCACAAAUCACUUGGAGAAGAAAAUUUUAGAAGGAUGAAAAUCCUGUCCAAAGUUGUAUUUUAUGGCUUUGCUGACUAAGAAUUCUUGUGGCUUUGGAGGAUAACAGAGAGCAUUUCCCCUGUUUCAGGCCCAGCUCUCUGGUUUUCUUUGAGUUAAAAAGGGUCCAUAACAGCCCCCUUUUUGCCCUUUCUAGGCCAAUAAUCAGUGUGUUUAUCCCCCAUUUUUUUGCCCCCCAACUCUUUGGUUUUGAAACGCUGGUUUUUUGAGUUAAAAAGAGCCACAACAACCCAGCAGGUUCAACAAUUACAAAACAUAUUUUGGAGCAAUGUUACUUGGCUCAUCACUUUUUGCAUUGGCUCCCAAAUUCUUCACUAAAAUGUGAGAGUUGGAUGAACAUCCAAUUGUACAUCAUGUCAAGUAGGGCAAAUAGCAUUUUCUGAAAAUAUUCUAGUUAAAACUAGAUUCAAACUUCAGAUCUUUCCAAAUGAAUUUGAUUUCAAAGAUGCUACUUCUCCAAUCCUAAUUUGUUCAUUGAAAAGAGGAUAAACAUGUAGCUUUUUUAAGGUAUAAUAUCUAAAAAAAUCUCUAAACUAUUUAAAAAUUUUCAAACAAGUUUUUAUAUUUUUAUUAUGUUUAAUCAAGUCUUUAUACUGUUAUUUUGAAUUUAUAUUUUUAUUUUGAGUUAAAUAAGCUCUUAUGAUUAAUUGUUGACUUAUUUAAAAUGUCACUUGUCAUUAUAUGCUAUAUGUGGCAUUGAUGUGACAUUAACAUCAUAGAUUAACAUGUGAUGUGACUGUUGAUAUGACAUGAUAACAUGAUUAUAUCGUAUUUUUCAUUCACCAUAUCAACAUUACGUCAAUGCCGCAUAGACAUAAAAUGAUAAUAGACAUUUUGAGUAAUUGUAAUUAGUCAACCAUUAAUUAUAAAGACUUAUUUGAUCAAAUAUAAAAUUAUAAAGACUUAAUUGAACGUAACAAAAGAAUAAAGAUUUAUUUGAAUUUUUUAAAUAUUUUAAAGACUUUUUUUGAACAUUAUGCCUUUUUUGUUUAAAAUUAAAAUAUGAGUACUUAUUUCUAAUGAUUAAGCAAAGUUUUUAUUUUCUGUAUUAAUAACGUGGCAGCAUGCAAUUCUUUGUUAAUGUAUGGAGUUUGUAUAUUCACGGUGCAUUCAAUAUAAACAUCAUAAAUAAAUAAAAAUAACAAGCGAGGUUCAGUCUUUAAAUCUUGUUCACUAGAGUAUCAAGUCUUUUUUUUUUUUGGUCCUGUGGUUGUCAUGUAACGAAAUUAAUAAAUUUGUAUUUGAUUUGUAAAAUAUAAGAAAUAGACUGGACUCUUCAGUGCACAAGAGAGAAUCCAAAGUGCUUGUACUCUGUUUGUUUGGUAAUAAAUGAUUUAUGAAAGUGA